AUGCUAAAAAUUUUUAAAAAAGAAAAUGAAAAAAAUAAUGAAAAUUUAUUAAAUAGUAGUAGUAGGACUUAUAAUUGUAGCCCUACCCACAGUCAACGGACUAGCACUAGUAUUAUUAAUAAUAGCACCACCACUAGUAAUAAUGAUAAAAUUCAUACAACAUCUUCAACAAGGGAAAUGAUAGUCACAAGUGGACAACUAUUAUUAUCAACUAUAGAAGAUAGUUUUAGUAAUUAUUUACCAGCAAUUCAGAAAAUUACUGCUUUAUGUGAAAAAAUUAUAAAAAGUUACGAGACAGUUAAAGAAAAUAAAAAAAUAUGUAGAGUAUUAAUUGAUAGAGUUGAAUUGACUCAUAUAGCAGUAAAACAAUUAGUUAGAACCAGGCAAGAGAACGAAGAAAAAUUUCGUGAUCCGGAAUACUUCAAAGCAUUUGACAGAUUGCAAAAGACUUUAGAAAAUAUUGAAACCUUUAUUAAAAAAAUAUCAAACUAUGGAGCAUUCAGGAAGUUUGAUAAUGCUGACAGUGUUAAAAAAUGCUUUGAAGAUUAUAUUAAUGAUUUGGAACAAGUUAGUAAAGAUUUGGGUUUUAAUAUAACACUUCGUAUUUAUCAUGAUUUGAAUGAUUUGAAAGAAAAUAAUGAGAAAUACUCUAAAAUGUGGGAAAAUUUUAAUAAAUCUUUUAAGAAUGUAGGGAAAUCGGAAAUAGAUCAAGUAGUUUUAAUAGGAAAAAUUAAAAAAUCUUUGAAAUCCAAUGAUUUUGAAUCUAAGGAAGAACUCUUCAAAAUACCAGAAAUUGAUACUAAAGACAUAGAGGAUGUGAAACCACAAUACAAAAAGGCAACAGAUAUAAGAGGGAAAGAUAGCAAUGAUAAUACAUUGUAUGUCGAAGAGUAUAAGAAAUAUUUACAUCUUGCUGCUAAAAAUGAAAAUGUCAUUGCAUUAUUUAAAUUAGGUCAAUACUAUCUUUCAGGAUUUCAAGGUCGUGAUCAGAAUGCAGAUCUGGCUAGGCAAUAUCUUCAAUCUGCUGUUUUGCAGAAUUACAAUGAAGAAGUUAGUAGAAGAGCCAUAGAAUUGAUAAAUAAUAUGGAAAAAAAUGAUACUGAAAAAACUGUAGAGUCAAAGAAAAUUUGA